CAUGGGUAUCCCUCCCUGUGUGGGGCCAGGAAAAGGUGAGCCUAAGGACCAUUUUGGGGUCACUUACAUCAGGAUGAGUUCAAGUUAUCUGGAAAACUCCCUAGAAGAAUGGAGUGAUGAGGUUCUCAGAUCAGAAGUAAAAUCUCAUAGCAGCUGCAAUGGCUUUCUUCCUUGCCUGUCUGCUUGCUCUUCUCUCUGUGGCUUCUACGAAGAGUCCCAUCUUUGGCCCCAAACAGGUGACCGGUGAGGAAGGCGGGUCUGUCUCCAUCCAGUGCUUCUACCCACCCACCUCAGUUAAUCGGCAUGACCGCAAAUACUUCUGUCUUCAGAAUUUAAGGGGUUCCUGUGAAACCGUGGUCUCCUCAAAUGAUUUCGUCUCAGAGAGAUAUACUGGGAGAGCCAACCUCACCAAUUUCCCAGGAAAUGGUUCCUUUUUAAUACAGAUUUCACAGCUGGUGAAGGAAGACACUGGGCUCUACAAGUGUGGUGUGGGCAUAAGUAGGCGGGGUCUGUCCUUUGACAUCACCUUGAAGGUGGGGCAGGGUCUAAAUCUCCCUAACAACACUGAGGUUGUCAUCACUGAAGUGGGUAAAACAGUAUCCAUCAACUGCCCUUUCCAGACCCAGAAUGCACAGGACAGGAAAUUCUUAUGCAAGAAGGAUGGUGAGAGCUGUGCACUGGUCAUUGAUUCUCAGGAAAAAGUGGGCCCUGACUAUACAGGAAGAGCCCGCUUCAGGAUCAGUGGCACUGGCAGCAAGGUCUUUGUGGUCAUCAUCAGCCAGAUCAAGAGGCGAGAUGUUGGAAGGUAUAUCUGUGGGGUCGGAGAAGACAGUGCCACUGGAAUCCAGAAGAAUGUUGACUUAAAGUUGCUGGAGCCUGAACCUGAACUGGUCUAUGCUGAGCAAAGGGGGUCAGUUACCUUGAACUGUGACCUGGGAAGCACUGUGGCAAGCAUACCUAAGUUUCUGUGCCGGAUGAGGGCAGACAAGACUUGUGACUUGGUCAUCAACAGCAAGGGAUUUACAAAUAAUGCCACUCUUGGAAGGAUCCUGCUUACCCCUAAAACUGAGCCUGGAUCCUUCAGCAUCAUGAUCAUGCAAGUAAGGAAAGAAGAUUCAGGUCUAUAUCACUGUGGUGCCCAGAAAGACGGUCAACCAUCUGAAGAUGGGCCAGUUCAAGCUCUACAGAUCUUUGUCUCUGAAGAGACCACCGUCCCCAAGAGUUCUUUGGUGUUGAAAGGUCCAUCUGGUGGCUCAGUGUCAAUAACCUGCCACUACAAUCCCAAAGAGAACAACACCCUGAAGUACUUGUGCAUCUGGAAGGGAAGCAGCCAGUGCACUAAGCUGGUAGACAAUUUGGGAGUGGUGGCUGAGAACUAUGGGGGAAGAGUGGCCCUGUUUGACCACCCAGAGAAUGGCACCUUCACUGUUAUACUCAACCAGCUGACCUCUGAAGAUGAAGGCUACUACUGGUGUCUCAGCAAUGGGAACCACAACAGGAAAUCUGCUGUGAAGAUUGAUGUCACUGACGGUCAGCCACUUUUUAUAGAACCAAAGACAGUCACAGCCUCGCUGGGGCAGUCUCUCAACAUCUCCUGCCACUUCCCCUGCAAGUUUAAUUCCUAUGAGAAAUACUGGUGCAAAUGGAGCAACCAAGGAUGUGAGACCCUGCCCACCCAGGAGGAGGGCAGCAGCCAGGCCUUUGUGGACUGCAAUCAAAACAGCAAGAUUGUUUCUCUCGCCCUGAAUCCUGUCAAGAGGGCUCAUGAAGGGUGGUAUUGGUGUGGGGUGAAGCAGGGCCAGCAUUACGGACAGACGGCGGCAGUCUAUGUGUCUGUGGAAGAGGCCUCCAGGAAUGCCAUCCGGCCAGUCAAUGCUGUGUUAAAUGAAGAUGCUGUGAAUCCUGAAGUCAGAGGCAAAGUGCCUGAAGUGCCUACAGAUCCGGGGAGCACCGAGGAACACAGUGGAGGCUCCACAGUUCUGGUCUCCACCCUGGUGCCUGUGGCGCUGGUGUUAAUCGUGGGUGCAGUGGCAUUGGGAGUAAUCAGAGCCCGGCGUUGGAGGUUCAGUGAUCGAAUUUCAGUUGGAAGCUAUAGAGCUGACCUCAGUAUGUCAGACCUUGAGAACCCCAGGAAGUCUGGAUCCAAUGACAACAUGGGAGCUUCGAUUCAGGAGACUACUCUAGGAGGGGAAGAUGAAUUCAUCACUCAGACUGAGAAUCCUGAGGAGAUCCAAGAACCUAAGCAAGCCAAAAGGUCUUCCAAGGAAGAGGCAGAUAUGGCCUACACCACUUUCCUGCUGCAGUCCAACAACAUGGCCAAUGAAAUUUCCUUGGAUGGCCCCAGUGAUGCUUAGCCAGAUUCCUCUGUCUGCAUCUGGUCUCCCACCACUGCCCUCCCUCUCUGGCUCAAUCACCUCCAGGAUCACCUAGACCCUAUCAGCAACCCAGCACCCCCUCUGCUCCAUGUGGUCUAUACAUCUGCCUUCUUCACCUUCCCCUGACUUGGUUGACUCCCUGACCAGGGUUUGUGGCUUGGAAAUUGAGCCUAGGCUCAAUUUUCCUUCCUCAACUUUUUUUCCCUCAGAAGGUAGGGGAUUCAACAAUUCAUCAGCUUAAUUUCCAUUGAAUCCCACCCAUGGCAGUGUAGGGAAGGGAGAGAAUUAAGACCUUGAAGGAAUUGUUCUGAUUUUAAAGGUCCAGGAGUGAAAUCAUUUCUCUAGGUCUCUAUUCAGAAAAGAGCAGUGGGAUCUAAGAUCCUCCCAUCACACCAUCAUUCCACACUCAGCUGAUUAAAGGGACUUUUUCCUUCCUCUUGUGGAAAUUUUGAUCAAUUCCCUAGAAGAAAGUUGCUUGUCACAUGUCCAGCCCUCACCCAACUCAUGUUUCUGUUGGGAUUCAGAGAAAUCUUGAAUAUUAGGGCUAGAAAGAACCUUCGGGAUAGUGCAGCCCACCUGCCACAUUUUACAGAAAGGGAAACUGAGCUCCAGUGAGAGGAAAUUUCUUUCCUAAGGGACACAAAGCUGAGCUGGGACUAGAAGCUCCAGUUCUUUGCACUAUCAUUGCUGGAAAGGAGAUGGUAAGGGGAGGGGAGGCAGAUUUGACACUUUAGAAAGAGGGGAGGAAAAAGUGAGAACAGAAGCCUUGGAAAUGCUUAAUGGGCUUUCCAAUAGGAUCCUAUCUCUCCUGGAUGUGGGACUAAGAGAAGGCUAAUCACCCUACAGAUUAAGAAGGUGGGGAAGGGCCAAUGAAUAGGAUGGGAAAGGGGAUGAUUUUCAAUAAAUGGCUUUGGGAUUUUUCUUUGAGCUCUCUAACCCAAGGCUGGAGAAGAAAAUGGCAAACCACUCUAGGAUCUUUGCCAAAAAACAAACCAACCAACCAACCUCCAAAUGGAGUCCCAAAGAGUGGAAAUAACCGAAACAACUGAAUAAUAACAACAACCUAAGGCAGCACCCAUGGGUAGCAACCUGAUGAUUCACUAAUUCAAGUUACUGAUUAAAUAUGAUUGUCAUUGUUCCAACUGCACUUAAGUUGGGUUCCUUCUCAAGAUACUUUGUCAGUCAGUAAAAAAGUGUUUGGGUGAUUAGGUGGCUGAGUGGAUAGAGCGCUGGGGUUGGAAGCAGGAAGACUCAUCUUCCUGAAUUGAAA